AUGGCAUCCAUGUCCGCUUACAUAUUCAUCCACACCCCAAAAUCCCACUCCUUAACCCUCUCGCGCAGACCAUUUAAAUCCGCACACUUUAACUGUGUCACUCAUCUGGCGGCGCCAAUCCGUCCCUCUUCCGCCAAGUACAGGUGCCGGAGAUCCUCGGUUGCCGUAAUUAGGGCUAGCAGCAGCAGCAGCAGCAGCGGUGUUGAUGUCGUCACGUCAGCAAUCAGGCCCGGCGGCGCCGUCGAGAGCGAUAAAUUGCCGUCCGACGUGCGGAAGAGAGCUAUGGAUGCCAUUGAUUCCAGCGGGAGGCGAGUCACAAUCGGUGAUGUGGCGAGUAAGGCUGGGUUGAAGCUGAAUGAAGCUCAGAGAGCUCUUCAAGCCCUGGCUGCCGAUACCAAUGGCUUCUUGGAGGUGUCGGAUGAAGGUGAUGUUUUGUAUGUUUUCCCCAAGGAUUAUAGAUCAAAACUUGCUGCUAAAUCAUUUGGGAUAAAGAUUGAACCUUUGUUGGAGAAGGGGAAGAUGGCGGUGGAGUAUUUGGUUAGAGUUUCAUUCGGGACAGCACUUAUUGCAUCUAUUGUUCUUGUUUAUGCCACGAUUAUUGCCAUAUCCUCGAGUAGUCGUGAUUCGGAUGACCGUGGCAGACGGGGAAGAUCAUAUGACAGUGGAUUUACUUUCUAUUUAAGUCCAACAGAUUUAUUCUGGUAUUGGGAUCCGUAUUAUUACAGAAGGCGUAAAGUGCGGGAAGAUGAUGGUGGAAUGAACUUCAUUGAAUUUGUUUUCUCCUUUGUAUUUGGUGAUGGUGAUCCCAAUCAAGAGAUUGAAGAAGAGAGGUGGAAGUUGAUAGGACAAUACAUAGCAACAAAUGGUGGUAUUGUCACAGCAGAAGAACUUGCUCCAUAUCUUGAUGUAGAGAAUGCUGAGAAGAAGGUACUGUGA